AUGCAGGAACUUGACCAGAAUUAUGACGUAAGCAUUGCUAAUGCACUCUCUGGAUACUUGCCUGGCGAUAUGCCAUUACUGGACGAUUUAGGGGUUGAUUUUUAUACUAUUCAACGCGAUACAUUACGUGUCUUCUUUGUUAAGCGCGAAGCUGAGCGACGUACAAACGAUGUGACUGGUCCGGCUUUGUUUCUGGUAGUCUUUGCCUUGAUUCUGGCGAUUAGAGGACGAGUGCAUUUUACUUAUAUGUAUUCUUUGUUUGCAGUGUGUUCUUUCUUUAUCUGUGGGUUAAUUUCAACUAUGCAGAAGAAGCCGAUUACUUUACUGAGUAUCAUUAAUAUUCUGGGUUAUGCUUUUGUGCCGAUUUUGCUCUUUGCACUUUUGAGUGUAAUAAUACCAUGUGGGAAGGGUUUAAAACUGUUCUUUGGAAUAGGGUUUGCUUUAUGGUCAACGACUGUUUCUACUUUAGAGGUUAUCAAUAGAUAUGCGAUUAGUAAUCAAGUUCUUUUGUUGGGAUAUCCUAUUUUUCUUGUAUAUAUCUGCUUUAUGAUCAUUGCUGUAGUGUAG